GAGUAAUUUUAUCCUCAAGAUUUAUUAAAGCAUUGGAAAGUGCUUACUCUGUUUUGAUUUACAAUAAUCGAUAUCUUGCUUAAAAUUGUUUUAUAUGCAUUUGUGAAUUGAAAGAGUUUUAUUCAUGUAUAAUUUUAUAAAAUUUCUAAGGUAAGAACUAGCAAUUAUUUGCUCCAAUGUCUAUCACCAUUCGAUGUGCAAAUACAGAAGAUUUACUAAACAUUCAACAUUGUAAUUUACAAUGCUUGCCAGAAAACUAUCAAAUGAAAUAUUAUUUAUAUCAUGCAUUGUCUUGGCCCCCAUUGAGUUAUGUUGCAGAAGAUGAAAAAAAUCGCAUUGUAGGAUAUGUACUAGCUAAAAUGGAAGAAGAUUGUGAAGAUAACCCACAUGGUCAUAUAACGAGUUUGGCUGUUAAAAGGUCUCAUAGACGAUUAGGAAUAGCUCAAAAAUUGAUGAAUCAAGCAUCACGAGCAAUGGUAGAAUGUUUUGGUGCUAAAUAUGUCUCUUUACAUGUGAGAAGAAGUAAUCGAGCAGCACUGAAUUUGUACACAAGUAGCUUGCAUUUCGAAGUAUCUGAAGUAGAACCUAAAUAUUAUGCUGAUGGAGAAGAUGCGUAUGCAAUGAAAAGAGAUUUGAGUAAUUUUCAACUAGAAAUAUCUUGUGUAAAAUCUUCUAUUGACUUGGAUACAUGCUCAUUGGAAAAAAAAUGCUGUAAUCAUGAUGUUUGAAAUAAAUAAAAUGAUUAUACACGUGUGAACUAUAUAA